AACGUACAACCCCCAAGUAUCAAAAACUCACCUAGGUGCUUUCUUACAAGCCUAUCCGGAAUGCAUUCGAAAAAAAAGGUCUAUACCUUUUUUUCGAUGCCUGUGUCCAUGAUCACCAUCAAGAAACUCCUUCAAACCGACUCAUGAUAUAGCCCAUCUCUUUCUCUCUCACCUUUCUUUCUCGUCAUUUCAAAGACUCGUCCGACCAACCGCCAGAACAUGGCGCAGACUGAGCAACUCGCCGGCCAGAUGGGCUUCCUGACGGACGCCGCCCACUUGCUGGCCCGCUCGGCCCCAGAAACGUCUGCAUACCUGCUGUCGCAACGCAACGCCGUGCUUUUGAGUCAUGACGUGAUACCAUCUGACUCUCAAAAGGAGCACGUCUGCGGUGGAUGCGGCCACAUCAUGAUCCCUGGGCAUGGUGAUUUCCUGAAAAUCCAUGUCGAGAAGGCAGUGCUGCGACGAAGGAGCGGCAGUAGAAUAACCCUGGGUCAGCAGCAGCAACAGCCGAAGCAGGGACGCAAGGAGCGUUGGGCGGGCCCGGCCAAGGUUUACACGUGUGGCAUGUGCCAUAGGUACACCAAGCUCGGGCUCUCGGCGCCGGAACCCAUCAGGCGGCGAAGGAAGCGACCGACGGUCGAGGUCCAGGGACAGGCGCCUAUGGCGUCCAAGGCGGGCGUGGACAAGACUGGACAGCAAGCAUCAAAUAUCACGCCAGGUACGAUGCCCUCUGCCAACGCGAGCAGCAAGAAGCGCGCAAAGAAUCGAAAGGCGGGCCUGCAGGCCCUUCUGAGCCAAAAACAGAACGAGACGGCGAACAAGUCAGGCCUUAGUCUUGCGGAUUUCCUAAGCAAGUGACGAGGACGCUGGCGACUGUCGCGGCAAUUUCAUGCAUUAUGAGAUUGCGCGACCCAAAGUAUCUGAGCCGGAACAUCGUCCCCGCUUCAUCGCUGAGGUGGUCUUUGGAGUGAGAUGCGUCCCGCUCCUCCUGUGCUUGAUACUCUGGGGUCAACGCCUCUAGGCUGGCCAAUUGAACGCAUCGCCAGGCUAAGCACGGGACCUGUCCAGAUGGACUUGUGUGGUCGUCAGCUCUGGAAGGUUGGACCUAUCCAAGACCGACCAGAUCACGGUUCAAAGGCCGAAUGAGGGCCUAGCCAGACAACUAAGAUACAUGGCUUCCUACGAAUUACAGACAGACCGCCUAGCUAGUAAGAGAGCUAACUGAGGCUGUGUAUUCUUGGAGGGAGGAAUGGGCGAGGCUUGGACUGUAUCACCAGUUCCCACUAUUGAAUUGGGCAGGUUGAUUUUCAUAUGACUCCGAUACCCUGGUUCCGCUGAGAAUUGGGUUUCAUGCAGUGUAGAACAGUUGACCAGACCGCUGAGUAUGCGCCGUCUAAAUGAUUCGUCAGUCCUUGAUGGGGGGGGGGGGGGGGGGGGGGCC